GCGUCUGUUAUGGUCCGCGCCGCGCGGUUUGCGGAGCGGCUGGAGAGGCGUGUGGGCUACAUCAUCUCCGUGUACCCCCCACUCGUGGGCGUGGGACGUUCGCUUGCGGCGUCAUGGCUCAGAGGGCCUUUCCGAAUCCUUAUGCCGAUUAUAACAAGUCACUGGCCGAAAGCUACUUUGAUUCUACUGGGAGGCUGACUCCUGAGUUCUCACAUCGCUUGACCAAUAAGAUUCGGGAGCUCCUUCAGCAAAUGGAGAAAGGCCUAAAGUCUGCAGACCCUCGGGACGGCACUGGGUACACCGGCUGGGCAGGCAUUGCUGUGCUUUACCUACAUCUCCACAAUGUGUUUGGGGACCCGGCCUAUCUGCAGAUGGCGCACAGCUACGUAAAGCAAAGUCUAAAUUGUUUGAGCAGACGAUCCAUCACCUUCCUGUGUGGCGAUGCGGGCCCCCUGGCCGUGGCUGCUGUGCUAUACCACAAGAUGAACAGUGAGAAGCAGGCAGAGGAGUGCAUCACACGGCUCAUUCACCUAAAUAAGAUUGAUCCCCACGUACCAAAUGAAAUGCUCUAUGGCCGCAUAGGCUACAUCUUUGCUCUGCUUUUUGUCAAUAAGAACUUUGGAGUGGAGAAGAUUCCUCAGAGCCAUAUUCAGCAGACUUGUGAAACCAUCUUAACCUCUGGGGAAAACCUAUCUAGAAAGCGAAACUUCACAGCAAAGUCUCCACUGAUGUAUGAGUGGUACCAGGAGUAUUACGUGGGGGCUGCUCAUGGCCUGGCGGGCAUUUAUUACUACCUGAUGCAGCCCAGCCUUCAGGUGAGCCAAGGAAAGUUACAUAGUUUGGUGAAGCCCAGUGUAGACUUUGUCUGCCGGCUGAAGUUUCCUUCCGGCAAUUACCCUCCAUGUUUGGAUGAUACCCGAGACUUGCUUGUCCACUGGUGCCACGGUGCUCCUGGGGUCAUCUAUAUGCUCAUCCAAGCAUACAAGGUGUUCAAAGAAGAGCGUUACCUGUGUGACGCCCAGCAGUGUGCUGAUGUGAUCUGGCAGUACGGGCUGCUGAAGAAGGGCUAUGGGCUGUGCCACGGAGCUGCAGGGAACGCCUAUGCCUUCCUGGCCCUCUACAACCUCACCCAGGAUGCGAAGUACCUGUACAGGGCCUGUAAGUUUGCUGAGUGGUGUUUAGACUACGGAGAGCACGGAUGCAGGACCCCAGACACCCCCUUCUCCCUCUUUGAAGGGAUGGCUGGAACGAUAUAUUUCCUGGCUGACCUGUUGGUCCCCACAAAGGCCAAGUUCCCUGCAUUUGAACUCUGAAAACAAAGCAUGUCUCCUGCCGCUCACAGCAUGAUUCUGUGUAUUCCUCUGGGCUACGUAUUUCCCUCGCUUUUGAAGGAAGCAGAAUGAAACUGUGUACUUUGAA